UUCGGCACAGCCCAAACGUAAGACUUAGACGAAUGAUUUUACUCCAGUGAAGGCGGGAGGAUGAGAAGCAGCAGUUUUGACACAAGUGUUGUUAUUGUUAUUUCUAGCGGGCAAACAGCAGUGCCGGUGCUGGUGUGCUACCACAGGUUAUUCCAGAGCACCGCCGAAGUUAUUAAACAUCAUCCCAGCAGCGUUUCCUAAAUGACUUUAUAUUUGUAAACUGUUCCGUGUCUGCGCUCGUUGAACAAGCUAACGUGAAGCUAAAUUUUUAACGUCAACUUCUGGUUAUUUAACCUCCUGUCGCAGCUGACUUUGACUGAUUCAGAGGAAUGGCCGCAAGGAAACCUAAGGGAAAUGAUGUCAGCCUUCCUUUUGCUGCACUCCAGCUCCUGGCCCCUCCUGUGCGCCUGGUGUCUGCAGCCCUGUGGAAGGUGAUGAAGCAGAGGGACGUGAUGCAGUAUGGGGUUGUGGAAGAAUUUGUGACCUCGGCCUGUGAGACUGUCCCUGGGCUGCUCACCGUGAGACACCAGGGCAAGCUGGCAUUGGGACUGAGGGGACGGUUAAUCUUGGAGCUGUGCUGUAAAGAGCCAGAUGAAAAGGUGAUUAUGCCGCACCUGGGAAGGAUCUGUGCUCCCGCUGCCCUGUCAUCAUCCUCUGCUCCUACUAUGAAGAGGGAUGUUAAAAUUCUGAGAACAGUGGAAAGUUUCCAUUCAUUGGUUCACACACUGCUAAUAGACCCAGCAGAAAGAGAACAGUUCUUCAAGGAGGAGUUUCCUGUGGAGUAUGGCCCAAAGUUUGACGAGGAACUGGAGAAGCUGCUGUGGGAGUUUUUAAUCCGACUGGACCAGUUUCUUCCAGUUCCUAACCUUGCUCAGACUGUGUCAUGGCUCAGUGAUGCCCCCCCCAUCCUGGAGGAGUGUGCACGGGCAGCCACCCAACCUCAGCUCCUCAAGAUACUGCUUCAGCAUCAAACCUGUCUGGGUCAUCUGGAGGCAGCAGCAUCCCUCCCUCCAAACAUGGGGGACUCCAUCCUUACUUCACUCUCUCUGCAACCUUCUGGAAAAAUAUCUUCAAAUCAGCUGACGGGAGCCAAAAAGUCUUCUGCAGACCCUUCAGGUGCCACACAGACAAGAGAUGAAACACCAUUUAUUACCCCUGUUAUUGGAAUAAUAUCUAAUGAGGAUGUCCCAGUUAUGAUCUCUGCCAACGAAAGGAAUCUGAGAGGUGACAGUGUAACAAAAGAGAAUUUGAAAUUCACUAUGGUUAAACAGAGACAAAACCCCAAAGAUGAUGGAGUGAAAGAGGAUGGAGAACAAGUAGAGGACGAGAUCAGCGCUUCAGAAAGAAGUAGUGGAAUGAAACGCAAGCAGCCUGACCAAGAUGAAUCAGAUGAUGAGUUGUUAGGAGUCAGCAGUUCUGGGAAAAAGAGUUUGAGCAAGACUUUGAGAGUGAGCAGGCUCAGGCAGGGCAGACCAGACCACAGGACAAAUGAGAGCAAAGACAAGGGGGCAAAAACUGUAAGAAACAAUGAGUGUGAUGGGGUAAUCCUCGAAGCCCGCAUGACCCAGCUGGGUGUCAAGACGCUGCGCCUGCCUGAGGAUCCAUGGCUCCACUCCAUGUUUGUGUCCUGUCUUUGCAGCCAACCCAGUGUUGUUCUGGAAAAACUGUCAAUGACUUCUGAUAGUGCUGAAAGGACUGGUAGAGGAGCAAGAUCCCCAUACACGAAACAGCAGAAUCAAAGGAAAAAGUCGCCGGUCAAAGCUCCAAGACAUAAAAUCAUGAGCAACCAACCUCAGGAGCCUGACUCGGAUUUUCCUGGCCUGGACGAUAAAGAGAAUCAUCCUGUGUUACCGAGCAUAAGCAGCUCUCCCUCACAGCAACGGAGUAACGGAGAGAUGUCGUCCCUUCCAGGAGAGAGUGAAGACUACGUAGCUGAUUCUGAGGAUGAGGCGACAAAGAACUUCAAAGGCAGGCUGUUUAUGAAGCGCUAUUACAGGACCAAACACGGCACUUACGUUCCCACUCUGAGGGAGUACUGGAAACCCGGGAUGAGACGACGGGACCUGUCGUCUGUUGGCAGCAAGCGCAGAUGACGAAAACGAUUUUCCCUGUUGGCGAGGGAACAGUGUCUGACAAAAAUGCCAGACUUUUGAAUGUGGCUUCAUUGGUUUUCUCAACCAGCUACAGAGACAAAGAAGCCAUAAAUGAUUUGAAAUGCACCAGGCACUGGCGCCAAUGGACAUUGAUUUUCCUCAUCUUUCUCUUGAUUUUAUUGUAGCCGAAUCAAAUUGCUUUUUUUAACUUGAAGAAGUCUUGAAAUAUCCCAAAUGUUUAUUGUAAAUAAAUGACCAGACAGUGGCUGUGACUUUUAUAAAGAUUUUAAACCUGCAAUAUGUUAAAUGCUCAGUUAAUAAAGAUAUUUGACAUUGUAGUCAUAUUUUGU